AUGGACUCUGUAAACCAGAACAAUACCGCUACUAGUAGCUCACAAGGCACUAACCCCAACGUCCAAGACGGUGAUGACAAAGAUUUCUUCCCCGGUUACAAAGACGUGGAUGCUUUCGUUAAACAUGGCUUGGGUUCAGUGUUGUUGGCCACUAAAGCAUCUGCUGGUUUACCUCAAAGCGGGGACGAAUUUGAUUUCUAUCGCAGCUUCCCUGGUUUCCAGGAAUUCUGCGAAGUUCAAGGGGAUAAGCUCUUGCUCUGCAUGAGUCAAGUCAUGCAACAUCACCGCUGCCGAUCUCGGAUGAGAGACUGCAAUAAGCUCACUGGGUUGGAGGAGAGAUUUGAUCUGGUUGUGGACUCCAAUGAUGUUAUCCUGGAAAAAGUGGGAAUUCUUCUGGAUGAGGCUGAUGGUCUGAACAGGAGCCAGCAGCCUGUCAUGCCCACAGGCUUUCAGCCUCCAAAGAUUGUCGUUUCCAGCUGGAAUCGUAAGGGUUCAGGCUCUGACAGUCGCUCUCAGACAUUCAGACUGCUCCAAGCAAAGAAUAUUCAGAGACCUCAGAUGAAAUUCAAGGAAAAAGUUGACAACAGUAACACACCAUUUAUUCCCAAGAUUUUCAUCAAGCCCAAUGCACAGAAACCACUUCCUUCAUAUUUCACUACCAAACAACUCCGUAAAGGGAGACCAGAAGAUCUUGAUGUCCCAGCUGCGCUGGCCGACUUGAUUCACCAGCAGAGGACACAAGAACAUAUAGAAGACAUGUUUGCACACCCUUACCAGUUUGAAUUGGAUCAUCUUUCAAUACCAGAUGGCAUUCUGUCCAAGACUGAGCCCAAGAUGUAUAAACCAUUAGAAGCGACAAGCUGCCUUUUCAUUGACACUCUGGAGGAUCUGGUUGCACUGAAUGAGAAGCUAAAUGAGGUGUCUGAAUUUGCAGUGGACCUCGAGCACCAUUCAUACAGGAGUUUCCUGGGAGUCACUUGUCUGAUGCAGAUCUCUACCAGGGAGGAGGACUUCAUCAUUGACACUUUGGAACUGCGCAGUGAGAUGUACAUCCUGAAUGAGGCUUUCACCAACCCCUCUAUAGUCAAAGUUUUUCAUGGAGCCGACUCGGACAUCGAGUGGCUCCAGAGGGACUUUGGCUUGUAUGUGGUCAAUUUGUUUGACACGCAUCAGGCCAGUCGAGCUUUAAACAUGGCCAGACAUUCCCUUGACCACUUGCUCAAGCACUACUGCAAUGUGGAUUCAGAUAAGCGCUAUCAGCUUGCUGAUUGGAGGAUCCGGCCCCUGCCAGAUGAGAUGGAACUCUAUGCCCGCAGUGACACCCACUAUCUUCUUUACAUAUUUGACUGUAUGAAGGUGCAGCUCCUGGACUUCAACCACGGUCAGCCUGGUCUACUCCAGAGUGUCUGGACCAGGAGCAAAGACAUUUCCCUGAAGAAAUACGCAAAGCCAAUAUUCACAGAGGAAUCCUAUCUGGAGGUGCAGAGGAAGCAGAAAAAGUCUUUCAACACUCAGCAGCUCACUGCCUUCAGACUACUGUUUGCCUGGAGGGACAAGCUUGCGCGGCAGGAAGAUGAAAGCACCGGAUAUGUCCUGCCCACUCACAUGAUGAUCAAGAUAUCUGAGGAGCUGCCAAAAGAGCCUCAGGGCAUCAUUGCCUGUUGUAACCCUGUUCCCCCGUUGGUGAGGCAGCAGGUCAAUGAGCUUCAUUUGUUAGUGCAGGAGGCUCGAGAAAUGCCUCUCCUUAAGGCUGAAAUCACAAUGCAAAAAAACAAAGGGCUCAUUCCCAUUAAGAAGCCAGAGGUUACAUUGUUUGGUCCUCAUGACAUGUCCAGGGUCCCUGACGGCACUGAAACAAAUUUUUCUUGUGAUGAUCUGCCUGUUAAAGAAGGAGUGCUCUUCUCUGAUGAUAACCAAAAAUCUGACAAUGAUAUUAAAAAAAUAAGUCAUCUUGUGGCAUCUGCCAAAAUUACUGUGUUUGAGGAGUCAGAAGAAAAAGAAAUCCAAGAGUCCCCCACGGUGGCUCAAAUGAAAGCCAGACGAAUAAAAGAGUCCUUUGAAAACCCGUUUAGGAUGUACCUGCCAUCCAGUGGUGUGCAUGUAAAUGAGAAUGCAAAGUUUGACCCUUCUUCGAAGAUAUUUGAGAUCAGUAAAAGAUGGAAACUGCAGAGUAUGGAACAGCAGCAGAGGGAGCUGGAGUCAACAAAAAAAGCCAAGGAAGAAGCGAAGCAACAAGCAAAAAGGGCAGCAGAGGAACGACAGAAGGCUAAAGAAAGCUACAAAAAGUCCCAGCAAAACGUGGCCACUGUGCGCCAGCAAGCUUCCAAAUCUGCAAAGGUGGAUGGAAAGAAACGUGAGAGGGUCCCAAGUGAAGUUGGAGAGUCAGCUCCCAAGCCGAGUAAGAAACUAAAAUAUGCAGACAAUAACCCUAAAACUGAAACUCCUCCUGAAGAGAGCUUCACGCCUUUUGACUACAGUCAGUCAGACCUCAAAGUAUUUUCUGAGACUAAAUCGAAGGACAACUCUCAGUUUGAUCCAAACAAGCAAUCCCAUGACCCCAAGAAAAAGAAAACGGCAGCUGGGAAAAAGAGUAUUUCAGGGGCUGGAAACAGAAGUAUGUCAUACCUAGCUGGAACCUCAAACAGAGGAUUUCACCACAACUGGCCCAAAAAAUAA